GCUAUAUGAGCAGGAACCGCUUCCAGGAGUUAUAUAUGCGUGUGAGAAUAUAUGGAGAGAACGUUAAAGGACCAUAUGCGAAAGUCGAGCCCUUAAGUUCACACAUUCAGGAGGUUAAUUUGGGUGUUUGGAAGCCGGAACGGAACUUGGCAAUUGAUGAGAUAAUCGUAUGAUUUGAAGGUCGAUCUAAAGAAACAACCACUGUUCCAAAUAAGCCCAUACCUACAGGAUAUAAGGUCUGGGGGGCAGCCCAGAGGGGGUUCUUACUCGUAUGGAACUGGCAUAUUCCUGGUCAAAAAAAUGGCCCUGUGGGAGUACGUACUCCACGAGCGCUUGGUGGGAUAAUUAAGGCUGGAAACGGAGGAAACAAGACACAAG